AUGGAUGAUCAUCGCAGACUGCUGGAUUUCUCCCGGAGGCCCCAGAUAAUCUUACACCGAAUAGACCAUGUGAGGAAGAAAUUCCUGAAGUGUAACGUUUAUAACCUGGAGAGGAGAUCCACUCCGGACCAGGAGGAGUUAGAACCUCUGCAGGUGAAACAAGAACAGGAAGAGCCUGAAGAUCAUCAGAUAAAAGAAGAGCAGGAGGAUCUAAAACACCAGCAGAUAAAAGUGGAAGAGAAAGAAGUUUACUGCAGUCAGGGUGAAGAACAGAUUGAAUUAAAACAGGAGACUGAUACCUGCAUGGUGGUUCCUGUUGAUGAGCAAACAGACCACACUGAAUCAGAACCAAACAGGAACCAAGUCAUCUUCCAGGAAGCUGCUGAAGCUGAGAACCAAAAUCAGGAAAGAAGAAAACCUUUCUCAUGUGUCAUCUGUAAAAAGCGUUUGACUUCAAAAUCUGUUUUUGAUGCUCAUAUGAGAACUCAUACGGGUGAAAAGCUGUUUUCAUGUGUGACCUGUGGAAAAGGUUUUGGUUAUAAACUGGCUUUAACUCAGCACAUGAUGAUUCACACUGGUGAAAAGCCGUUUCUUGUGUGACCUGUGGGAAAACGUUUUCUUCGAAAACAGGAUUUCAGUAAGCACAUGAUGAUUCAUACUGGUGAAAAGCCAUUUCCAUGUGUGACCUGUGGAAAAAGUUUUAUUC